AUGCUCUGCUGCUGGAAUGGUCGUCUAUGCGGGCUGCAUCACAAACGAAGGCAUGUGUUUAUACACCUCUUUGUUCAAAGAAUAAGUGAUUUGAGUCAGAAAGGAAUCCGUGCUCUCAAAUGGGAUGUAUGCAAGGAUCAGGAUUUCGUACAGGCAAGGAAUAUAAUCGAUAAGGAACACCCGGAAGGAGUCUUCGCAGUCAUACCAAACGCAGGCAUAGAAAUUGGGUCUGUUAUCGAGUGGACGUCUGUAGAUGAAGCAAAACUCAUGUUUGACAUUAACGUAUUUGGAGUAAUGAGGACAAUGAAUACUUUUGCUCCUGCUUUACGAAAGUACGCUGCUGCUCACAGCCAUCCAGCACGUGUUAUUGUUCUUGCUUCUGUCGCUGGCAAAAUUGCAAGCUCUCCAUUAGGGCUGUAUGCUAGUACAAAGCACGCUGUUGAAGCCAUGUGCGAUGCUUCCCGAGUUGAGCUCGCACCUUUCGGAAUCGCAGUCUCAAUGAUGGAGCCAUUCUAUGCUAAGACGCCUCUUGUCAUGAAGACUGAUUUCCAUGCAAAACACAUGAAGUACUUCUUAUCUACAAGUCCAGAUGUUCAGGCUGCUUACGGGCUCAAAAUCGCUCAAGGAUAUGGACAACUGCAAAAGGAAGUCCUAACGGCACCUGGUACGCUUGAUUCGGAAGUGGUAGUAAAGAAGAUGGAGGAGGUUUUACGGCUACACUGGCCAGUCGAUAGAUAUAUGAUAGCUCCUACUGCAGUGAAGAUAGUGAUCUUCCUGUGGAGUGACCGACUUGCAGCAUAUGGCCCAUUUAUACCAUCUGACGGAUUACGAGGACACUUGAUUCCUGUCGCUUCCCUACAUCCUCAAAAUCUGGCAACUGGUUGUUCCAAGGUCCAGCUUCCAGACAAUUCUACUGACUAUAUACUACUAGUUUCAAGAGGGGCUUGUAACUUUCUCGAAAAGACUCGAGCAGCUCAGGCAUCGGGAGCAAAAGGACUUGUUUGUGGGGAUAAUAUAGGACAUGGCGGACUUGUUACUAUGUACGCAGGCAGUGGAGAAUUGAGUGACAUACAAAUUCCCUCCGUCUUUGUCACUCAAUGGGUCUAUCGGGAUCUGUAUUUCCAGGCCUCUGGCAUGGACGAGGGCAUGCCACGACUAUCUAGUCUUCCUAUAAUAUUAUAUCCGAAUGAACUCGAUAUGCCAAUCCUGGAAAUAAUCAUAGUAACGAUCUUGUCACCUGCAGUCGUCAUGCUCGCUCUCUUUGCUUUAUAUUCGUACAGGGUCUUUUGUCGAAGGAGACACGAAAUAGCGCCUUGUGUUGCAUUUGCUUGGAAGACUUUGAAGAUGGACAGCAGCUCAGGAAACUACCUUGCAAGCAUGAAUUUCAUAUUGCCUGUAUUGACAGAUGGCUUACGAAACGAAAACGAACAUGUCCCAUUUGUAAACAAAGUUGCUGCCCUUCGAUUCCAACGGAGACCACUCCACUUCUCGGCGCCAGUGCCUCCUCACCUUCUCUCACGGCAGCUGAAGAUUGCUGAUGACGCCCCUAUAUCAACCAAUUAA